AUCAUUCCAUCCCUCCAUCCAUCCAUCCAUCUAUCCGUGACGGCAGCGCGCGCUUCCAGGUGUGGUGACGAUGACAACGCGGAAGUGUUGAGAGCAGCGCAGGGAGCCGCUGUCUGUCAACAGCCCUCAGUCAGACACGAUGUCCAACAACGAAGACGUCCGAUACUGUCACAGGUUCUCUUACGUUCUGCUCAAAUUCCUGCUGUUCGGCUACUCCAUCAUCUUCUGGCUGAUAGGUGGCUUUAUCCUGGGCAUUGGCAUCUAUGCAGAGGUGGAGAGACAACGCUUCAAGACACUGGAAGGAGUGUUUUUGGCGCCGGCUAUAAUUCUGAUCCUCCUGGGAAUCGUCAUGUUUGUCGUUUCAUUCAUUGGCGUCUUGGCUUCUUUGAGGGAUAAUCUAACCCUACUGAAAGUGUUCAUGUACACACUCACUGUGUGUUUGAUCCUGGAGCUGCUGGGAGGGAUAUUGGCACUGGUCUUCCGCAACCAGACGGUGGGGUUGCUGAACAAGAACAUCCGAAGAGGCAUCGUGAACUAUUACGAUGACUUGGACUUCAAAAACAUCAUGGACUUUGUACAGAAGAAGUUUAAGUGCUGUGGAGGUCAGGAGUAUACAGACUGGUCAGUCAACAUGUACCACAACUGCACUGCACCUGGUCCAUUGGCCUGUGGUGUCCCUUAUACCUGCUGCAUCACUACAAAGCGUAAUGAAGUAGCCAACACACUGUGUGGGUACAAGGUGCUGGAAAAAGAGCGACUGGACUUGAUUGAAACUAUCCACAUCAGAGGCUGCACUGAUGCUUUCUUCAUCUGGCUCAUGGACAACUAUAAGACAAUGGCAGGACUGCUGUUAGGGAUCCUACUGCCUCAGUUCUUUGGCGUGAUAGUCAGCUGGCUGUACAUCACUCGAGUUGAAGACGCCAUCAGUGAGUAUGGUCAUUACAUGGACGGGCUUCUGCAACCAGACGCACAAGAAAGAUCAGCUAAGAGGCAGGGCCGCGUGUCCAAAUGGUUCAAGUGCAUGCCAGAGAUCGACUGAUGAAAGCAAAGAGCAGCAAAAGGACUCCAGCCAGCUCACAGUUGGUUGCAGAAGCCUUUUAACUACAGGUUCACUAUAUCCUCACUUCAAUUUAGAGACAUGUUUUUAUUAUUGUUUUUCUUUUUUUUUGUUUUUUGAAUUGCUCAGCAAACAGAUUUAGAGUUUAAUGUUAAAGUGUUAAUAUACUGUACAGUGUACAAAGGCAUGAGUGAGAAAUGAGAGGUCUUUUCUACUUUUUUUUUUUUUUUUAAGCUUCAUUGUGCCUCAGACAGUCUCAGGGAAAAACACAGAAACCAUUACAACCAUUUUUGCUUCUGGUUUUAUGACAAGAAAUAAGUCGCAUCACACAAUCUGCAGCACUUCUUAUUUUUAUACAUUUAUUCACUGUCUACCAUUUAAAGCAUUACUUGUCUCCUCUACGCAACCACCGAUGAAGCAGGUCCUAUCAUUCAAUCGCCACUGUUUUCAAGAACAAGAAAACUGCAAAGCAAAAUAUUGUAGGCUAAGAGACUGGAAAUAACUGGAAAUACUCAAGGUGGAGGUUUGACUUUAAUAUUUUGAAAUAGCCUUUAGAGAAUGACCCCUUAAUGACUAGUGCUGCAAUGAACCUUCAUGAUGUGUUCAGCACAAGAAGUGUUCCCUAAAAUGUUUUUUAUUAAAUGAAACACAUUUUCUGUUUAUCUUCUGUGAUGUCGGCUUUCUGUGCACCACAGCAUCAGGUCAGAGAGUCGACUUCGAGGUGAUCUUUUUUCAACAUUAAUUUAAAAGAUCAAUGCUAAUGCAGUGCCACUGCCAAAAUAAGGAUAUCUCAGGGUUAUUAUUAAGUUUUGCAACUCUAUCUCCUAGAAGUUACAUUCAUAUACAACACCUCAAUCUGUGAGACACCUGAAAGACAUUUUUAAUCAACAUGAGUAAAGCUAAAUUACACAACAUUCCUCGGGUUAUGAAACCGUGUGACUUGGAGCACAUGGUAUCACAUGUUUAGUUUAGUGGAACAUGUUAUUAACCACAGAUGUUUCCCUAAAGUCACAGGCCUCAAACUCAAACUCCAGUCCAUACAACUUGUCUAGCACUCAGUAAAUGUUGCCACUGAACAUAAUCCAGAAAACGGUUACGUGAAAUGAAGUAAAAGUGUAAUUUCUCAGAGACAGGAUUGCACAUGGACACUUGGCUAAACAAGAUGUAGAUGUAGAUCUAGAUAAAAUAGCCUUAGAACAUCCCACAACAUAUAAUCAGUGUGGUUUUAAGAUUUACAUACCUGAACUCAUCAUGAAAUAAGUAAAUAUUGUGAAUUUUAUGUGCUACCUAACUUUGGUUUGAUGUGAAGUUGAACUGAGACCAAAUGCUCACUUUUUGUGGAUUUUUUUUUUGUAUACAGAACUCCCUGCCUCUGUGUCUUUACAUGACUUCACACUAUAUGCAUGUUUAUAUAUGCUGUACUGCACUGCUACAACAUGUUUGAAUGCAUUUCAAGUUGCUUCUGGUUUUAGUCAUUGCCACUAUUCAACAGGAUGUAUAUCCAAUCAGGACUCUCCAAGGUUACCCUGUUUUCACUCGAGGGUCAAUUCUCCGAUUAUUAUCCUCAUUACCUUGGUCAUAUCAGAGUUAGAUGUAUAUUAAGGCAGGUUAGAUAAGUUCAGCUCAUAUUCAGAUGGUUGCAGAAAUGUUACUUACAUGUUGGGUUGGCAAAGUGCCUUUUCUGUUCCGUGUGUCUGCUCGGUCUUUAGUUGACUGUAACUCGUGAAGCUAAUUGGCUGGUGGGUUGAAGUUAAAUAUAAAGUAUGAUGUGUAUAUGUUCAAUUCCAAGGUGGUUAUGUUUUCACCCAUGUCCAAUUGUUGACUAGUUUGUCAGCAGAAUUACACAAAAUCUACGGAACAUGUUCCCAUGAAACUUGGAUAGAGGAUGAGUCUCAGCCCAGAAUAGCCCUCUAAUAAACUUUCGGUGCAGUUCUGGAUGAAGGCACUUAUUGUCUUUAACUUCCUUUAAUUGCUCAGGGAAUAAUGCAUGGAUCUUGAUGAAAGAAAAGGUGUAUUCAAGUGUAAGCGGAUCCGAGAUCUGGUGAUCUUAAACUAUUGUUGAGCAGUUACGGGUGGUUUAAAUUCUGGGAUGUUACAGGGCAGGGUGAGCGUAGGGAUAGGCUUGAUUGAAUUAAAGGAGACUUUUGGGCCUUGGUGGAGGUAUGCACUCUCCUGAGUGCCAUUCUAGAUAAUAUAUGCUUCGGUCAGUUAUCUUACAGUAUGGCUGCGCUAGCACAGAAUUAGCAUCGGGUGUUUUGACACAUCUCUAAAUAUCAAAUAAAUAAACAGUUAAAGUUAUGUAACUAAUAAUGAUGAGUUUAAAGGACUGUGACGGCUAAUUAACGCCUGAUCACAGAUUGCCCCUCACUGGUCAAUCCAGGUUAUCAGGGGUAGUGGCAGUAUAAGACCAUCUCUGAUAGAAAAUAUUUGUUAUCUGUGUUUUCUGUGUCAUUUCUGUGAAGUUUUCAAAAGGUAUUAUACUUAUAACCAAAGAACUCCGUAGGUGCUACCUCUAAUGAGUACAGCAUGGAAGAUAUUUUCUGAAGGUGUUGCAUGACAUAAAGAAUCUUCCAGUGAUUAUAAUGAUAAUGCAACCAUCAUCACUAUAGUCACAGUUAAAGUGCCAAUGUUGUCUCUUUAAAGGAAUAAGAUGAUGUAUAUCCAAGGGUAUGUUAUUAUUGUCAUUGUCGCAAGGACAUUCAGCUCACGUCCUCCUAUAUGUGCUUCAGCUAUAUAUAAUGAAUGCAUUCAAUUUGUGGCUGAUAUCAAUGGAAAUUGCAUCAUUCGCCUUUAAAAUGUAGUAUCAUUCAGUGAGUUGUGUAAAACCACACUUGGAGGAUAAUAAAGUGAUUGUUGCUAUU